AGAGAUGCUUUUACCAACAUUUUAUGAUAUAUAAAUUCGUAAUGUCUAGUAAAUAUCAAAUUAUUCAAGUGCAUAAUUUGAUAGUGCGAAAAGUGGAUUUAACAACCGGAGAAAAUAUGGUUGGGCAAAUCAAUGCAGAUAACGUACAUACGUUUAUAACUCGUUAAUAUCUUUGUGCUUACGAUUAAUGUAUAUGUAGCAAUUACCUUUUUAUUUGAUGAUAAAAUGCCCAAUUAUCAAGUACUUAUCUCGAUCUCUCUUGAUUGUAUCCUUCUAAUGUCACAUGAACCGCAUUAUGUCUAUCGCAGUCACUUGCGGGGUUAAAGGAAACUGUAUUUUGAUUCUCAUAACCUCCAAUUUUCUUUAUGCUUUGUUAUGAUAUUUGGCGCGCAGUUGCCGCAUCGGCAUCGCGUGUAAGAUAAGUUUGCAUCAGAUACGACUGAUGCUCUCGAUUUCGUUGAAUUUAUUUUUUUGACAACUUUAGACUAUUUGUAUUCAAAAAAGAUAUGCGUAUUUAUCAACAUAUGAGUUUGAAUAUUAUUUUUUUAUUAAGAAGAAUAGUUUAACUCGUUAGAUAUUUAGAUCUACUGUCAAAUUGUAUUUAGUGUUAAUACAAACGUGGAUGUAAAUAUGUAGGCAGUAAGUGGUGCAAAAGUUGAGCAAGCAGUCAAGAUAAAUGUCUACUAAUGAUGAAAUGACCAUUACGCCAGUUAGUUUCUAUAAGUUAUUUUGAAUGUUGAAUAUGGUAAUUUAUGGAAAUCGUAAAUGAAACGUUUGUUUUUUAUUACAAUAACACUAAACGUAGCGUGAAGGAAUAUUUUGUUAUAUUAAAAACUGUGAAGCGCGAAGCUAGAAACAAUUAGGAGCAAAUUGGACAGUUCCAUUGAAAGCUCAAGAUACAUGUUUGCUUCUUCCUGCUAGAAUUUGGAUAAAAGUAAUACCCAAAAUGGAUCAAGUGGUUGAGAUUAAUAGUCCAAAAAGAAAGGCAGAAGAAAUUUUGGAGAAUGAACCACCCGAUAAAAGACCAAGCACUGAUUUGGAUGUAGAAAUGAAAUCGAAGCAUGCUUUAAAUAAUAACGAUAAUGAUUCUUAUUCAAUUAAAAAUGUAAAUACUGACAAUGUGCAAGUGAAUAUAAUAAGUGAAGAUAUACAUCAGGAUGAUGUUGAAUCUAGUUCAUUGCAAGAUUCAAAUGUUAAUAAUAAAGAGAAAGAGAAAGAAUCAAUUGUUGAAAGAGAAACUAAUGAAGAUUCUUCUGCAAAGUAUGGUAAGGAACAAAAAUCUGAAUCAGAAUCAGAUUGUGAAAAAAGGGAUAACAGAGACCUAAAUUCAGAAGCAGAAAAUUAUGUAAAUGAAGAUCUUAAUAAUUCAGAAUCCAAACUGGAAGAGCAGACUACAGAUUCCAACCCGGUAAAUUUAAAUAUUGAUAAUAUUGAUCAAGGUACUUCAAAUACACAAUCACAACCAAGAGUGAAAUGCAAAUAUGGUAGUCAAUGUUAUCGAUUGAAUGCUGAACAUAAGGCAGAAUUUAGUCAUCCUGGUGAUCCUGAUUAUGAUACUCCUGAUAAUAGACCAGAAUGCCCAUACGGGCUGGACUGCUAUCGCAAAAAUCCUCAACAUAAAUUAGAUUAUAAGCAUACACAAAGCAAGCGUAAGCGAACUCAAACUACUGUAAGGUCUGUUUCUCUGCAAGAUUUGUCAGAUUUGGAAGAUUCUUGGGAAGAAUCUGUUGAUGAAUCAGAUUAUGAUCCAUCUUUUAUUGAUGAUGACAGUAUGGAAGAACUUGAAAGUGAUUUUGAUGAUGGUGACGACGACAAGGAAGAGUAAAAGGUUAGAAUAUAUAAAUUAAUAAAUAAAUGAUACCAUAAAUAUAGAAAUAAUUUGUAUGAGAAGACUAUAAAAUACAGACUUAAUUUUUAUAAAAUACAAGAA